AACUGAAAUAUAGUGCGAAACAACCAACCAAACCGAUUAAAGUCCGCGCGAACCCUAACCCCCAAAAUCCGAAGAAUCGAUUCGUCAGCAGAAUCAAAGGUUCCUACUUUCCGCUCGGAGCUCGUACAGACUUUCCCUUUUGUCUUUGAACAAUGUCACCGGAGCAUAGAGAUACACAUUGGAAGAGGUCUCGUCCCCAAUCUGACGACGAUGACAACGGUGAAAACAAAAGGAGACAUCGUGGCUGCGGUGACGACAGAGACUCUCCUGCGAUUGACACUGUGUUCCGUUACCUCUGCCCUGUUAAAAAAAUUGGGAGUGUCAUUGGGAGAGGAGGAGACAUCGUGAAGCAGCUGAGGAUGGAGACUAAGGCGAAGAUUAAGAUAGGAGAGGCUGUUCCAGGGUGUGAUGAGCGCGUGGUUACGAUCUUUAGCGCUAGUGAUGCGACCAAUGAUGGUGGAGAUGGAGAGAGAGUUCUUUUUUCUCCUGCGCAGGAUGCUUUGUUCAGGGUUCAUGAUAGAGUAGUAGCUGCGGAUGGUGGAGAUGGAUCUGAUGGAGAGAGGAAUGUUACAGCCAAGAUGCUUGUUCCUUCGGAUCAGAUUGGGUGUGUGCUUGGGAGAGGUGGACAAGUUGUUCAGAACAUUCGGAGUGAGACUGGUGCUCACAUUCGUAUAAUCAAGGACAGGAACAUGCCUCUUUGUGCCCUGAGUUCAGAUGAGCUUAUUCAAAUAUCUGGAGAAGUGCUGAUUGUUAAGAAGGCUCUGCAUCAGAUUGCUUCCCGCCUCCAUGAGAAUCCUUCACGCACUCAGAACCUUCUUUCCUCUGCUCCUCCACUCAUGAGCCAUUCCGGUGGUCCUCGAAUUGUGGGGAUAGCCCCGCUGAUGGAUCCAUAUGCGAGAGAUUUGUCACGCCCUUUAUACCAAACUCUUAGAAACGAACCACCGGCGGCUACAGAUUUUUAUAUCCGGCUAGUCUCGCCGGCUGAUAAUAUUGCAGGUGUUAUUGGUAAAGGCGGUGCUCUGAUCAAUCAGCUUCGACAGGAAACGAGAGCGACCAUUAAAGUUGAUAGCGCUAGAACCGAUGGAAACGAUUGUUUGAUAACUAUAUCAGCAAGAGAGGUUUUCGAUGAUACUUAUUCCCCAACCAUCGAAGCAGCUAUGAGGCUGCAGUCAAAAUGCAGCGACAAGGUGGAGAGAGACUCUGGACUUGUUUCGUUCACGACUCGCCUUCUUGUGCCGAGUUCUAGGAUUGGUUGUCUUCUUGGUAAAGGAGGAGCUAUCAUCACCGAGAUGAGGAGAAUGACCAAAGCUAACAUCCGCGUACUAGGGAAGGAUAAUCUUCCUAAAGUUGCAUCUGAAGAUGAUGAGAUGGUUCAGAUUUCUGGAGAACUUGAUGUUGCCAAGGAUGCUCUCAUACAAAUUACAUCAAGACUAAGAGCCAAUGUGUUUGACCGGGACGGUUCUGUUUCUACACUCAUGCCGGUCUUGCCUUAUGUUCCUGUUGCGCUAGAUGCUGGUGAUAGAUUGGACUAUGAUAGGAGAGAUAGCAGAAGAGCUGAACGCCCGAAUCAUUAUCCUGGUGGUUAUGGCUCAAGUGGCUUGUCUGAAGGUUAUUCGCGUUAUGGUGCACCAGUUGGUGGUAGUAGUAGUACUCAAUAUGGAGUGUAUGGAGGUUAUGCAUCUGGACGCAGUGGCAGUUCUGGGUUAUCCAGCUAUUCCUCUAGCCUUCGACGCAGAAACUAUGAUUAUUAGAAGCUAUUAGUGGGUGAUUAAAAAGGUAAGAUUACGAUAUGAUUUGUUUAAGUCGUUUUAAACUUAGUUUACCUAUCCAGGUUAGCCCCCAAGUUCAUGAGAUAGUCUGAUGUGAUCUGUCCCGGUGUUAGAUUCUGAUACACUGCUUGUUUCCCUUUGUGACCUUUUUCCCCGUCCCAAUAAAAACAGUGUGAGUUCCUGAAGCCUGAAGCCGACCUCACAGCCCACAGCUGAAGCCUUUUCAACCAAACAAGAUGACAAAGCUGAAACCACCUAAUUGUACCUAGGAGAACCAUUAUAUAUGGAUGGGAUAUUUAAGUUUGUUUUCAUUGUCCACUUGUGACCAAAAUACUGCCAAGUUCCUACCCAGUUAAACCAUAUCUAGUUGCAUGUAAUAUCUUUCAGUUUGCCUUGUCUUUCCUCGGAUCACAAUCAGAAACCUUUAGUUUGGUUGUGCGUAGUUCCAUUUUUAUGAAAUUAUAUAACUUAUGUUCGACCCUCUCGUUUUACAGCAUGCUUAAGCAUCUAUCUGACAUGUUAUCGCCAAUCAUUACCUUAUAAUCAAUCUUUCAGAGUAUUUAAAGAUCAUAUGCAGGUAAAAAAAACACUUGGGCGAUGAGUGAGAAUAUAUCACAGUUCUCGCUAAGACGACGUUGUUCAGGUAAAUAAACCACUUGGAAAUCAAUCUAUGUUCAUGUCCCUUUUGGUCCACAUGAAAAGGUAUAUGCAUUGCUUCUUCUCUUUCUCUCUGUUAUUUCCUUGCACAGUAUGCUUCUCGGCAGCAGUCAAGUACAUGUUGCUAUUUCUGGAAGAUUCUUGUCGUUUGUGUAAGUAGAAAGACUUAUCAAAUCAAUGGUUGAUAAAAUACGUCAAAUCUUGCCUAGGCUUCUCUCAGAGAUGAUGCAAAAGUCUGGCUAUGAAAUUGAUUUUGAGACUCAUUGGUCUUUGAUUAGUAACAUGAGCUCUUGUAAGGAGAAGGAGACAAGACAUCUGGUCAAGGAUUCUUGCCUAGGCUUCUCUCUGGGAAUGGGGAUAACUUUUAAAUGUAAAAAAUUCGUGUCCUUCUUAUGUAAUUUUACGAUCAUGUAGAGACAGACGUAUUAUUCUUGUCAAGUUAUGCGUUAUUUGACGUAUUAUAUCA